GUCCUUUAGGGUUUAGCAUCUACUGGCCGAGGCCUGAAGCAUUGACCUGCCUGUGAGCCGGAGCCGGAGCCCCUCCACCUCAGUGUGUCCGCCGGGUGCUGGGUGGGACCUUACGCUUACGUUUUCCUGGAAAGACAAGACUUUCUUAAUUUACAUACUUCAUGAUGGACCAAGACAAGAAUCUCAUGGCUGAGAGUAUAUUAAAUAUCACCCUGGAGAUCAUCUACCUGCUCACUGGAGAGGAUUGCACCGUAGUAAAAAAGAAGUCUGGAGAGUCUCACCAUGCAUCAGGAAGAUGGACCAGGCCACAGAACCUCAUGAAGAUGCCUCCAAGUCGAUCACUGGCACUUGAGAGAGAUAGUGAGCAGAAGAUUCUGGAACUCACUAAAACGAUCAUGGAGCUGCUGACCGGAGAGGUUCCUGCUGGGCAGUAUUUAGAGAAACCCAAAAUCCUGUACGAGGAUAAUAUGGAGAAUAAUGAUCCAGAUGGAUUUGGUGAGAGAAAUAAACAACAAAGAUCUUCUAGUCCUCCCUAUUCAGAAUAUAUGGAGGAAAAGAAAAUUGAUCGACAAGACGAGGAGGAUGAAGAAUCAUUUCAGAUUAAAGUUGAAGCUGUAGACGGGCACGAAGACAAGUUGUACGAUAAUGGUGAUAUGCAGUGUAAGGACGAGGAAAUCCCCAUAGAUAUCGCUGCAGCCAAUGCCCACAACAUCCGGAAUUCCUCUCCACAUUGGGAAUUGGAGGAUAACAAAGACUUGGAGAAUUCCCCAGAAGAAAACUGUCUUCAGGAGGUCAAUAUCAAUAAUGAGAUUUCGUUUGAUGGAGAAAUUGCUCCUGAUAAAUCCACUUUUCCUCCAUGUGGUACAGCUCACAGUGACAAAGUUUUCACCUGUGUGGACUGUGGAAAAUGCUUCCACCAGCACGAGGCACUAUUGAUACACCAGAGGACUCAUAUGGAGAAGUCCUAUCUGUGUUUUAACUGUGGGAAGUGUUUCAAAAAGAAAUCAAACCUCAUACAGCACCAGAAAAUCCACACCGGUGAGAAGCCGUUCCUCUGCUCUGAAUGCGGGAAAAGUUUUGCGCGUAAAGCCGAUCUCGUAAAACAUCAGAGAAUCCACACUGGAGAGAAGCCGUUUCCUUGUCCUGAGUGCGGUAAAUGCUUUACCCAGAUAUCUGCUCUCAUAAGACAUCGGAGAUUCCACUUGGGUGAGAAACCCUUUUCAUGUUUGGAUUGUGGAAAGUGUUAUAUAGAUAGACAGUCUCUUACUAGACACCAGAAAAUUCAUCAUAUGCGGGAGAGAGAGAAAUUGCCGCUUGAACAUUUGCAUUUGUUCGACUGAAGGUUUUUCAUGGACUUGAAAAAAUGUUUCAUAAAACAGUAAAGUACUAUCUAAAAAAACACAUGAGAUAAUAGUAUUAAACCAUGUCUGAAGCCCUGAGUGCUGGAGUAACAGCAGGAUGCUGGAAUAGAUGGUAAGAUCUACCAGAUCUUAUAGGUAGUCAGAAAAUACCUGACCCCUGCCAAUACGUGGUUUCGGUGUAGUUGGAGACCUGCAUCACUGGAGACAUCCAAGAUAGUUCUUUUGCUACUUUUUACUACUGUGCUAUUGAAAUCACUGGAAUUUUUACUAAAGGGUAUUUUGCUCUAGUUCUAGUUAGUGUUGCAGUGAUACACCCUGUUGUGAGUGUUCAGUUACAUGAGAUCUCUCAUCUUUUAGUGUUCCUUUUCUAGCACAUAUUACAAGUAAGUUUGAGGAGUCCAGGGAGAUUGUCUCUGAAUGAGUCUAUUAGUCUAUGAGCUUGUAGAAUUGUUCAGGAGCCGUUUUGCCCAGUUACAUACAUGCAGUGUUCAGCCUUUAGUGUGAGGUCACUAAGCACAUCUAUGACUUGCAGCCAACUUGAUCAGUCAAAUCAUAAUAAUUAAAGAGACUUUUUCGAAGACCCCAAAUAUAAUACAGUAAUGGUCCAUUCACACGACCGUAAGCCGUUCCGCAAUAUAUGGGCACCAGCCGUGUGAAUCACGGAUGCGGGCCCAUUGACUUGAAUGGGUUCGCAAUCCUCAAGAUACAGCGCUGA